UGAAAAAUGCAAUAAUUAAAUAAAAACUCGCUAGUUGGACUUAAUUUUUAAAAUACUGAUAUUAGGAAAGAGCCCGUGAUCUUGAAGAUUUAAAGUUACCCAGUCCAUUAUGUAGGGUUAAGAGAAGGAAAGAAUGGGGUACUGAAAAAAAAAUAUUGGAAGAAGUAAUUGCUAAAGACUUCCCAAGUUUGGUCAAAGAUGGAAACACAGUAUUUUGAGAAGCUCAUUGAACACCAACAGAAUAAACCCAGAGCUGCGUACCCAGACGCAUGCUGAGCGCAUUGUUAAAAACCAGAGACAAAGAUCAUGAAAGCACCCAGAGCUCACAUGUCGUGUGGGAGGGAGGGAAUUAACAGUUAAAGACUGCAGAUUUCUCUUCACCAACUCAGGAGCCCAGAAGGAAGUGGUACAGUAGUGAAGGAACAGAAUUGUUGACCAGAAAGGCUAUAUUAUCAUCCUUCAAGAAAGUGAGGAAUAUAUUAAAGGAAUCUGUGAACCUGAAUUAGAAGAAAGAGAAUGUUAUCCCAAAGCGAUGCACUGCAUCUUUGUUGGAGCACAGAGCCUGUUCCUGAAGAGCUUGAUUCAGGAUACGUGUGCUGACCUCUGCAUUCUGGAUAUUGGCCUUGUUGGUAUUCGAGGCAGUGCUGAGGCCGUGGUCAUGGCAAGGAGUCACAUCCAGCAGUUUGUGAAGCUCUUUGAAAGCAAUGAGAACAUACCCAACAUCCAGAAAGAAUCAGAGGUGAAAAGGGAAUUCAAACAAUUUGUUGAAGCUCGUGCAGACAGUUACACAAUGGACUUGUUGAUUUUACCCACUUCUUUGAAAAAAGAACUUUUGACACUCACACAAAGCGAGGAGAAUCUGUUUGAAACAGGAGGUGAUGACUUUACUGAAGUUCGAGAUUCCCAACACACACCGUUUACACAAAAUGCCAGCCCAGCACUCAAUAUUUCCCGAGAGGAGGAGGUUUUCCGUGAAGAGGCAAGAAAUAAAGCUGGCACUCCUGUUUCUGAGCUCACAAAACAAAUGGACUCAGUGUUGUCCAAUUCACCAGAUGUGCUUUUUGUCCCAGUGAAUGGUCUGAGCCCAGGUGAAGAGGCGCUUUCCAAAGACAGAAUUUGUCACAAAAGGAGGUCUUCUGAUUCUGAGGAAAGGCACACCAAGAAACAGUUUUCUCUGGAGAAUGUUCGAGCAGGGGAGGUUGUGCACGAUGGUCCAGCCGCAGCUGACCUCUCAGAUUCUGAAGUGCUAGACAUAAAAGACACUACUGAGGAAAUGGAAUACAACAUCCUUGUCAACUUUUUUAAAACCAUGGGCUAUUCCCAGGAAAUUGUUGAAAAGGUCAUUAAGGAAUAUGGGCCAUCCACUGAGCCAUUAUUGCUCUUAGAAAAAAUCGAGAAGGAAAAUAAAAGGUCCCAAGAAAGUAGAGAAUUUUCACCUGGGACUGUGCAUCCAGAGAGCAGCAAAACCAAAAAUAAAAGUGUUUAUAGCAGCAUAAACGAACUUACAGAAGAAUCCACUCCAAAGAAAGCACAGGGUCACUCACAGCAAAACACGGCAGAGAAAUUUUCUCAGUUCCCAUUCAAAGCAGAACCUAAGCCAUGUACCUCAAACUGCCGACUUAAUGCUUUUGGAACAGUGCCAGUCGAGCAGAAACAUGAACUCUGGGGUUCAAACCAAAACUACACUUGUCAUUUAGACCUUGAAACUGAUGGCCUAUCACCUUCUGCUGCACCUUCAAGCCCCAAAGAGGUCAGUUUUGUCUCCAGAGGCACAUCAACUCACCAGCCCAGAGUUUCAGUUUAUCCUGAAAAUGGUUUGCAGCAACAAACAGAAUCCUUGCUUCCAAAUAACAUGAAAGCUGCCUGUGAAAAACAUUUGGGAUGUUGUAGCUCUCCUCAGUCCAACCCUCCUCCUCCCCUCUCGCCCCCUAUGCCACGACCUCACGUGUCACCUCCAGCUCGUGAUGUGAUGUUUGCGGGGUCUUCUGAUAACAUUGACUCCUCGGUUACUGGGGUUCAGAGGUUUCGAGACACUCUGAAAGUACCAUACAAGCUGGAAUUAAAAAAUGAACCAGGGAGAACAGACUUGAAGCACAUUGUCAUAGAUGGGAGCAACGUCGCGAUUACCCAUGGUUUGAAAAAGUUUUUUUCUUGUCGUGGGAUUGCAAUUGCGGUUGAGUAUUUUUGGAAGCUUGGCAACAGAAACAUCACUGUGUUUGUCCCUCAGUGGAGAACAAGACGUGAUCCCAAUGUCACAGAACAGCACUUCUUAACCCAGCUCCAGGAGCUUGGAAUAUUAUCUUUAACUCCUGCUCGGAUGGUCUUUGGAGAGAGAAUUGCUUCUCAUGAUGACAGGUUUCUACUACACUUAGCAGAUAAAACUGGUGGCAUAAUUGUAACAAAUGAUAACUUUAGAGAAUUUGUGACUGAGUCAGUCUCUUGGCGAGAGAUUAUUACAAAAAGGCUGCUGCAGUAUACUUUCGUGGGGGACAUAUUUAUGGUUCCUGAUGAUCCUCUGGGAAGAAGUGGACCUCGCUUAGAAGAAUUUCUUCAGAAGGAAGUCUUUCCUAGAGAUGUGCAGCCCCUCAAUGCCCUGCCACCAGUGGGCAUGUUCGACCCCAGCUUCAGAGGCCCUGGCACACAGGCCACCAGCUCCAGCCACCAGCCUCCAGCCCGGAGUCAGGGCACCCCUCCCAGCCACUGGCUUCCGCAGCAGUCCAGCUUCCCGCUCAUGCCGAACCUUCCCAGCAUCGCACAGAGCCUGCCCUUGCCAGCACAGAGGUCUUCUGCAGAAACCAACGAGCUGAGGGAAGCCCUUCUUAAGAUCUUCCCUGACUCUGAGCAAAGACUGAAAAUUGACCAGAUCUUGGUGGCCCAUCCGUAUAUGAAAGAUCUCAAUGCCCUGUCUGCCAUGGUGUUGGACUGAGGACGGCGCAGAGAGCAGAACCCAGGGCCCAUGUCUGACUUGGCCAGAAGUACUGUAAUGUGAAGAACCCAGUUUCCCAGUGCAAGCAUUUUUGUAUUGCACAAGGGAUAAAUGACUUUUUGUCCAUUAAAAAAAUGGAUUUUCAAAACCAGCUUUUUUCUAUAUAUAAAUUAUGCUGCUAUUAUUACAGAGUUAACAUUUUCUGUGAAAGGAAAGUCUACAUUUUCUGCCUGUUCAUAACUGUUUGAUAGUGGUUAUUCCUGAGUGUAUUUACAUUUUUAUGUUUUUUAAACUAUUUUCCUUAAAGCAGAAAAUAUUGACAAAUGGACAUGGUUAGUCUUUCUAAUAAAAAAAGAGCUGCUUUCCCCAAGGAAAGCAAGACUCUUAAAGUUUAUUUUCUUGAGAUGAAUAUGUCACGUCCACUAACAAAAUGUGCUUGUCCUCUGCCCUGCCCCCCACUGGAGUUGGACUUGAUUUGCUCCUGUGGGGGCUUUGGUUGGAGCCAACUGUGAGAGUGGACAGGUGGUGCCACUAGAUGGCACUUUGUGCCUAGCCUAGUUCCUGACCAGGCCAAAGUGAGUCACAGACUGUCAGGGCUGGGAGAAGUCUUCAAGCUCUUUUCGCCCCAUCCCUCCUUUCCUUCCUCCCUAUGGAAGCGGGAAGCGUGGCACAGAGGGCCCGCAUCCCCAGCCGUAGAGAGGCCAGGUGGGCACUUCGUGCACCUGAUGGGAAUUCAGACGCCCCAUCCCAGCCUAUGGUGACCAUGGCAGGGCGUGACGAUGCUUAGGAAGAGCUCCACACUCAAUGGACGUCUCAUGCCCACAGCCACGGGCAGCACCUCAACAUGGAGUUUGUACAGCUUUGCCAAAAACCAAUUUCCUACUCUUGAGAGUGACCCAAGCCAGUAAAUAGCAUUAGUAGCUUCUAGGGGUCCUGGGCCCCUCUAUUUAUUUUUGCUGUGUUUUGUCUCUUCGGUGUUUCCUAAACAGCUGUUCCUGUGAGGCUCAGAAUUGGUAUGUUAGUAUUACCUUUUUUUUCAGUGUUUCUAAACUCUGUGUCAGUGAAGUUCUUUUCCUGGGUGACUCUUUAACACCUUACUCUUCUCUGGACUUUGAAAGGGCUUAGUGUUUUAUACCCGUGCUGCCUGGGCUGCUCACAGUCGUUUUCAUGUCUGUGCUGUGGCUCCUGUCUUUCUUCUGACCCUGUCAGGAGUGGGUGAGGACUCUCUGCUGCUUUGUUCUUGGCAGUCAGGACUCCCAUCAGUGUGUUGCCCCCUGGCUUUCAUCUGGUCUCUGCAUCUUUUGAGGUCAUUCCAGAGCUGUCCAGGGGCCGGACUUGGAUGCCCUGAAUGGUUGUCAGCGGCUGUGGAAGCAGAGGCAGAAGACUUGAGGUAGACCAAGAAAGGGGCUUCAGCUCCGGACCCUGGGUCUCAACUUUGACAUCACAGCAGAGGUGAUGGGGAGGGCUCGCAGAUGACCCUUUGUGGCUCAGGGUUUGGUCCUGCAGCCUCUGCCAGUCCGCUGUUCCCCUCCUUCUGAGAAAAGAAGAGCCAGGAGUCUCUGAUAGCUAUGACUGAGCUGCUCGAAUGCUGGAUGGAGGCUGUGGGGCAUAACAUUUCUAGGCUUUAGAAGCAACUUGACCUUCAACACUGAGUAUUUUUUAAGAUUGCUUCUGAGAAAUCUAGUUGCCAGUAACCUUUCUGAGUUAUGGAAAAGAAGAAAGUAGACAAUCCCUUACACUUAUAAUUUGUGACAUGAAAGAUAAUUGAUAAUUCUGAAAUCUGGCAUUUUAGAUUUUGUAUUUAAAAACCCAAUUCUGAAGCCAUUACAGAAAUUUAAAUCUUUCUUUGCCUCCUAGUAAUACUUGGCUCUGUGCCGCUCGGGAGGUGUUUGUAGGUGAUCUGCCUCUCGCUGAGACAUCUUAGCUGCCACCCCAGUCAUGUUGGCCACAACCUCCACGUCUGGAAGCAUUAUAGCAGGCAGAGGCAGCGGUUGCUGCACCUGGAGGUACUGGUGGCACUGAAAAAUCCCCGGGCCACAUUCUGCCCAGGCCCCGAGCUACCUCUUCUGGGAGCAAAAAGAUGAGCCUGCCCUCCUGCACGUGCCCACCUGGAGGACCACAUUAUAGUAGUCAUGUCAGCUGUCCUGCAGGACAGCCAUGUCACCAGGACACAGGCCCAGGAAGAGAAGGCUCCCAUGGGCUGCAGGUGUGGAGUGCAAAAGAGGCCCCAUUGCCUCACUCAGAAUCCCCCACUCACCACCUCUGCUCCCCACCCUGGGCCUGGGGCCACCAGGAACAGACCUUGAAGCAUCCUCGCCUCCCGUCCCCAGGUGCCACCAGCCUUUGGGAGUCUUCCCAUUUGUGCUCCACCAGCAUUUCCUUGUCGCCACGUGUCCUUCCCACCAGCAACCCUGAGCUUCACCUCUCAUCUCCUAUCUCUAGCUCACUUCCCCGUUCGACCACAUGGCGCUCCAAUUGUAGUUAAGUCGCCUGAUGUCCUCUGACAUCAUUCAUUCACCAGUUUUCGAUCAUUGCUCAUGCUUUCCCCCAGCUCCUCCCCAUUCCCUUCCCAUGGGGAUCCCUCCACCACUUGGGAGUGGUCUAGGGAACAUCAGUCAGGAUUCCAGAGUCCUUUUCUGUGCGCACUCAGCAAGCUGGGUGUGUGGUGCCACAGCCUUCCUGUUCCCAUUUCCAGAAGGACACACACUUCAUUCUUUCUCUUCUCUUACCUGAAAACAAGUCCUUAAUAACCAUCUCCUCUCAACCAGGUUGUUUUCAGACACCAGGCCACCUAUGAGUCUGCAGGUAGACAAGGCAGCGUUCACAGAAAAUGCAGGUUCCUGGGCUCUGCCCCCAGGGACAUGGGCUGAGUAGGUCUGGAGUGAGGCCUGGGGAUCUGUAACCAGCUGCUGCUUGCCAGGCUUCAGCGACUGGUGGAGGGGACAGGGCGGGGAGGGUUGUGUAUCACUUGAGGGCUCCUACACUUACCCUUAGAGGUCACCACAUUCCCAUCAGCCUCACCGCUCCCCUAGCCCCACUCUCCCCCCAAAGCAUGGUGGUCUCUGUUGCCCCCUCCUCCCUGUGACCCCUGCAUCUGCUGUCUUCUCUUGCCCACCAGUCUUCAUCUGGCAUCCUGACCAACCCAGCCCCCUCUCCCGUCACCCUUCUCCAUUCCAGGUUUAUCUCCCAGUAAAGCACAUGUGUGAUGACCUUCAGUGGCAUCAAGCCCAAGGGGCCCAGUGUGCAGAGCAGCCCACCUCCCAGCCACACCUGACUGCCCACUUGAACAGCCCUUGCCGCAGCCGCGCCUUGUUCCCACUCCCUGCCUCCGUGUGUGCCCCUUCUCUCAGAUGGUUCUCCCCUUUCAGAGGCCCAACACCCAGCCUGCUCUGCACCCUUGCCCAGCUCAGACCAGAAGCAGCCCCAUCCUGUUCUGUUUCCCUACAGCACUUUGUGUCUUGCUUGUGGCCCUUGCCACUCAGGCUGCUGUUGCUGCAGCCGAUUGUGUACUGUGUCUUACUUCAGACUGUGAGCUCCUCGCGGGCAGGGACCUCUAUGCUCACUCUGUGUUUGCCACGGCGCCUAGCACAGUGCCUUGCACUUGAUAGGUGCUCAAUAAAUGUCUGCUCAAGU